CUGCAGCUUGAUGUAGCCAGACUUGUCAAUCAAAAUAUUGAAUAUGCCAGAAGGUCACAAUGAUCCCAUACAACAACAGCACGGUUUCUCCUUUUUUUCUCAAUUCCAGCCUCUCAUGGAGCGAUGACUCACAACAAAUUGUGAGUACGUUGGAUGGGAGUGACGGUGGCUUGUUUGACUCGGAUUCUCCCACAGCCUCUCUGGAUUUAAAUACACUUAACAUAAGCAACAAUGGAACUAAUGCCCUUGGCGGUCACACCGUUUGGCAAGUCGUUUUGAUUGCCUUCUUCACAGGAAUACUCUCCUUGGUAACUAUCAUAGGAAACAUCCUUGUUAUGGUUGCAUUUAAGGUGAACAAGCAGCUGAAAACAGUAAACAAUUAUUUCCUACUGAGUCUUGCAUUUGCUGAUGUGAUAAUUGGAGUGAUUUCAAUGAACCUGUACACGACUUAUAUCAUAAUGGGUCGAUGGGCUUUAGGUAACAUAGCUUGCGAUCUUUGGCUCGCCAUUGACUACGUCGCCAGCAAUGCUUCUGUCAUGAACCUUCUGGUUAUCAGUUUCGAUAGGUACUUAUCAAUUACAAGGCCACUUACUUACAGAGCUAAACGGACUCCGAAAAGAGCUGGGAUGAUGAUUGGCCUGGCUUGGGUAAUUUCAUUUGUACUUUGGGCACCUGCCAUCUUGUUCUGGCAGUACUUUGUGGGUGAAAGAACUGUCCGUCCCGCUGAAUGUUUCAUCCAGUUUUUAACCGAACCCAUCAUCACAUUUGGCACUGCCAUAGCUGCAUUCUACUUGCCGGUCACAAUUAUGACCAUCCUUUACUGGAGGAUUUACAAGGAAACUGAGAAACGCACCAAAGAAUUGGCAGGGCUCCAAGCCUCUUCCAGAGACAUAGAAACCAAGCGGUUUCUCAAUCAAACAAGCAGCUCAAGGAGCUGCAGCAGCAAUGAACUGCAACAAUCAGGAAUAAGAAGUCAAGAUAGAAGAAAACUUAGAGGGUGUCACUUCUGGCCCACCAUGAAAACAUGGAAGCCAAGCAUAGAGGGUGAUCAAGAGCCAAGCAGCAGUGAUAGUUGGAACAACAAUGAUGCUGGUGGCUCAUUGGAUCAUUCAGCUUCAUCCGAUGAGGACGAUGUUGUUUCAGAAACACGAGCAAUUUACUCUAUUGUGUUAAACCUGCCUGGGCUCAAGGCUGCUGCCAACCUUUCCAAAUCUGCUGAUGCAGACGACAUGGAUGUUUCCAAUGACGAACUUCCCAAAACAAAUGACAACGGAAAGGAAAGGAAAUUCAGAUCACAGCAGUUCGAAGACUCGGAUGAGCAAGGCAAUAGUUUCCACCAACAUUUUAGUAAGAUUCCUGUACAAUCCAUGCCAUCAAUGCAAACAACUAAAACUUCUGAAGGAAUUGCUUCUUUAGCAAAGUCAUCCACAACUAUGCCUCUAUCAUUUAGAGAAGCAAUGGUUGCCAAAAGGUUUGCAUCGAAAACAAGAAAUCAGUUAACAAAACGGAAAAGAAUCUCCCUUAUAAAAGAAAAGAAGGCAGCACAGACACUAAGUGCAAUUUUGCUUGCCUUUAUUAUCACAUGGACACCGUAUAAUAUAAUGGUACUAAUAAACACAUUUUGUAACAAAUGUAUUCGUGAUACAUUGUGGCAGUUAGGCUACUGGUUAUGCUACGUCAACAGCACAAUAAAUCCCAUGUGCUAUGCACUGUGCAACAAAACCUUCAGAAAAACUUUCAAAAUGUUACUGCUUUGCCAAUGGGACAAGAGAAAAAGACGCAAACAGCAGUACCAGCAAAAACAAACCGUUGUUUUUCAUAGAAAAAUUCCACGUGAGGCUUCCUAAAGCAGUAUUUAUUCAAAUGCAAUUAUUUAUGUUUGGUCCUAAUUAACUGCUUUGGUCAAGGGUGUACAGGCGAUCAGUGUUGUGAGCCCACAGCUGAUGUAUAAGCUGCUUUUGUAUUAUGUGCGGAUGGUGUUUACAUUGAUGUAGACGAACAGUGCAAGUAUUUAAACUGAAUGGUGUUUGUGUAUUUGAAUUGUAUAAUUUUGUCUUUCAGUUUAUAUAAAAUGUUUCUGUAUGCUUUUGCUUAAUAUUUAUUUGAACAGGAGUGCAAGACUCAAGUCUUCAAUGCUAUAAUCUCAUUACAGCAAUUUUUCGAGACUGGAUUUAACAUCUCAAAUUUAUGAAACAUUCUGUUGGCAUACCUCGAUUUUCACAUAUGGGCUUACUUAUUUCUUCAUUCUAACCUCCCCGCCAAUAAAAAAAAGAACUGUUUCUCCUCUACUAGGAGAAGAUGGAAUUCUUUGAGGCAGGGCUUGUUCUCCACAUUAGGGUUACCCUGAACUUAAUUUUUUUCUGUUCCGUGCCCUCCAGUUCCCAUUAAAAUCCUCUAUUCCAUUGCCACUACAGCCACCCAUCUUGGGAAAAAUUAAAAACUUUUGAAACUUAACUGUAAAAAUGUGAGUGUUUAAAUUGGGAAAUGAGCUACAACCUUCUGGGUUUGAGAGUCCUAUAAUUUACUGCUACUGAUACUGAGUUAGUGUAAUCUAUGUUCUUAUGAUUUGUCUUUACUGUAAACAAAACAAGCUUUUAAAGCCAACAGAGGAAAUUGUUGACAUCAGAUGCGGUCUGUUGCUUAAGCAUUUUAUGGUUAAAAAAAGCAAAAACAAUCAAAGACCAAGAAUUUUGAUUUUUUUAAAAUUUAAUAAUUUUAUUUUAUAAUCACGUUAUGCAGUCCAACCAAAAGGAACUAUUCUCGAUCAAAAUUAUUAUAAGUGCAAAAACAGUCUGACCAUGUAGACUUGAAAUUGCUGUGUAAGUUUAACUUGGUUUUGAACUAACAGUUUUUUAUUGGAUAAUGAUUCAGCUUUUUUAAAAUGUUUUGGAUUCAUUAUGUUGGCUUCAAUGAGUUUUGGAAAGGUUUAGCCUGUAGAAUUAACUUUUUAUUGUUGAGAUUCAGUACCAUGCCCAAAGUUUAAUAUUGUAAAAAUAAUAUAUGAUUUACAAAAAAAACUGUCAGUACAAAAAAACUCAAUCGUAAUUUAACUUUUUUGUAAUUUAGUCAAUGAGACUUGUGGUUU